GAUGCAAGUAGCUCACAGUACGAACAUUUCAUCCCUUCGAUUCCUAGUACAUUGAAUGCACUUUGCGGUCAUAAGGCCUCGCUUCUCGUGUCCCAAAUGACUACUAGUUCUGCACGGCGCCCUUUCCACCUUCCAAGGUGUACUUUAUCCUUCACUUUGUGGUGUUAUGUUUCGAUGGCAUCACUACCUUUUUUCCAGCACUCUGCUCGUCGUUCAAUUCACUCAUCAGCUCCACAACUCCCGGAAUGGGUUUCAGUCUUCACCUGCUAUCCCUUCCCAAAUCAUUGACAUCCUGGAUCAUACAAGUAGAGGUUCAAUUCGGACAUCACAUUCUAAUUACUCACCUUCAAGUUGGCGAGCUCUCUCUGCAGCCAAAGAUAUGCAAGCUAUUGUCACUGCGGACGUUCGGGAAUGCUAUCUACGAUGAAAUAAAUGGACCCAAUCCUUGGAACGCCAGGGGAACAUGAGUGAGUAUCACAAUAUUUUACAUAUUGCUUUGAUCUCCAUUACCAUGUACCAGGUGCUGCGUGAUCGAUCUUGCGAAGUAACUUGCAGUCAAUGAUAGAUGAUUCUUCCUGAACACCGUACUAUCCCCAUC